ACCAUGACUUUUUUUUCACGGACAUAUGUAUCGCAAUUCUUGCUUUCCUUCACAUCCUCUUUCCUUUCUAAGUGGGCCUUCAUAUAUCCCAAAAGCAGAUGCUAAGUUUCGUCUUUACUACUGAUUGAUGGUAAAUCUUCCAGAUGCUCCAAAUAGAGCAAAAAUUUUGAAAGUUAUACUGGCAAAGGAAGACUUAUCUGCAGAUGUCGACUUGGACGGAAUUGCAAGCAUGACAUAUGGUUACUCAGGAAGUGACCUAAAUAAUUUAUGUGUAACUGCAGCGCACAGGCCAAUCAAAGAGAUAUUGGAAAAGGAGAAAAAGGAACGCGCUGCAGCUCUAGCAGAAGGCAAACCUGCUCCAGCUUUGAGAGGGAGUGCUGAUAUACGGUCUCUUAAUAUGGAAGAUUUCAAAUAUGCACAUGAAUGGGUAAAACUAUUCAAAAACGCUUCAAUUGAUUUCGUAUCUGUGUUAUUAACAUGGAAACAAGUAUGUGCGAGCGUAUCAUCCGAGUUUGUUAACAUGACCGAGCUUCUGCAGUGGAAUGAACUCUACGGUGAAGGCGGUUCAAGAAGAAAGAAGGCACUCAGCUAUUUCAUGUGA